AGAAAUUAUCGGCUGGGUGAAUCGUAAAUAUACACACACCGCAUUACGGCGCACGUAAACGACGCGGCGUUCCGUUACCGAAAACGCGCCAAACAUUGUUCAUUUACAGUGAUCGUUUUCAAAGAGGCACUAAUCGAAGAAUGCCGAAAGUCUCUACGGAUAAUCGUUAGAAGCAUUAAAAUAAAAAGAAAAAUGAACAGCUUCCGAUCACCGAUGCGGUGUAUCUCUCCCAAUGCAAGAGUUUUGACCGCUAAACCUCAAGUGGAACAAACACUCGACGUAAGACAAACGCAAAAUAAAGCGAGAAGCAGCAUCACAUGGUUUUUUGUUAACAGCUCUUUACUCGGCGUACUCAUCUUUGACAUUUUGUACGGAGGUGCAGCGUACAAACCAUUUUGUUGGGCAGAGUGGUGUUUGGCUUCUGUAUUUGCAUUAAAUGCUCUUUAUCACAUAAUACGAUACACAUGGGCAAGUUUCACUCUAAGACCAGUUUUAUUGAGUCCUAAGCAAAGACGUUUAUUAGGUGUAUCGGAGGAUGAUCCUCUCUUUAAGAACGAACUAUCAUCACCUCAGAGGGCAUCAGAAUCACUAGUUUCCUUAAAUUUAUCAUGUAUAGGCCUCGGCAGAAGAAUGAGUCCUCUUGGUUCAUCAGGACUGAGCGAGUCCAAGGAGUUUUCACCGUCAUGUCCAUUUUUGAAGUACGGUAGUCCAACGACGCAAAAAUCUGCACCCAGCCCUAAUGGAUCUUUCAAUAAAUCUCUGAAUGUUUCAACAAAUGGAAAUAUAACCAGCGAAGAUUUGAUUCAAAAUGAGAAAGAACUACAACAUUAUUUGGAAGAAGCUCGUCAGAAAAAGCGUGUUCUAUCGACGGAUAUUGAUCAACCUUCGAAUUUGCUCAGUUCGUUUUGGUCACAUCCGGCGAUUAGAAGUCCUGGAGAAGUAUCGCCGUUGUUAAGAAGAUGCGCGUACCAGCUAGCACCUAUUAUCGACAAGUCAAAAUCAGCCAGUCCCGGUGCAGAAGAGGGAAAUUCACCUAGGGGUAUGUUCGGUGCACCCGACGUUUGGAGAAAAUAUAGAGUCGAUCCGAGUAAAGUAAACGAAUGGACGGCUAAUCUUCGUAUGUGGAUCAGCAAAACAGUGGUGGAACGAGUAGCAACCGAAAUCGACAAUGUUUGCUUGGCAUUGGUUCGUCACGGUUUAAGCGAUUCUCAACUUGGCUCUGUUGGGUUGGAUAGAUUGAGAAAACUUGCUCAAGCACCAUUUUUAGUCACCGCUAUUCCUACCUUACCAACUUUGGUACCUUUCCUGGAACUUUCUAAUAAUCAGGAGUAUUUAAUUAGAAGAAUCAAAAUUCUUGCGAAAGGUGGUUCUAUGAGUGAAUUCAAAUGGAAUAGCGGAGGAGCGCACAAUGGCAAAGAAUGGGAUUCCAGUUUGCCAACCGAUUCAGCGAUAAUCAUGCACUUGGUAUCGACGUAUAUGGACACGCAAUUAGAAGCCCCUUUAGAUCAACCCGAUGCACGGCCAUUUACAUCGCGAUACAUGGCUAGAUCAGGAAUGACAUUACCGCGCAGCAAGGGGCCCGUGAUAGUGUGUCAGUCUAUAAAUCCACCGCAUUACAGUUUAGCACACUCCGGAGAUUCGUCGCCUAGUGAUUACGAGGAAAUACAGCGUGGCAGAAACAACUUAUUUUAUACGCUUCUGCUGUUUUUAUACAUCGUUAAAACGAGAGAUCAUGGUAUGUUGGGUCGCGUUAAUUUGGGUACAUCAGGUAUAAAUGUUUUAUGGGUAAUUGAUGGUUGAAGAGCCGGGGUGUUCCGGUAGAAGAAGCCAAUUUGUUCCGGAAAUAACAGGCGAUCGAUAGCGUAUCAGUUUUCACGAUUGCUACUUGUGUGUGCGCAUGCGUGUGUGUGUGCGCGGUUCGUCGUUUACUUGUACUUUUUCGCGAAUCGUGUAUAACGAUUGUACUUUUCGUUUUUUGUCUUUUCUCCGAAGCGUGUUAUUAAUUUCUGGCGGACGUGGUGGUCAAUCGAGAGUACGAAGAAACAUCUACAAUAACGGUUUUGAUACUACGAAUGUUUUAUUCACAGUACUUAAGUCCUAUGUACAAAUAAAUCAUAAAUCACGAUCCGUAUAUCUACUGAAAAUAAAUUCUCACUUAUUCAAUAUGCUGCAACAUAUCACUGUUGUUCCGCAAGUCCCUCACCGUUUUUCCCUUGCAUUCUUUAUAAAUCUUUCAACGUGUACUUACUGAAUGCGUAUACGCGCACGCAAUACGUAUAACAAGAACCGCAGAAUUCUCCGCAGGAUUCUUAAAACUGGAACAAUCCGGUCAAAUAAAUGCGUGGAUCUAACGGAUCGUAAAAAUAUCUGCAUUCCUGUUCGCGUUACACACCGCCAAUAACGUAUUACACAAGGAAUGCAAUUAUUUCCAGCGUUACUCCAUCAACGCGAUUUAAUUUUUUAUACAAUUUCGUAUUUUUACACAAUUUUAUAACUCCUUUUUCCUUUUUGUCG